AUGAGCUACAGCGCGGAGCCGGCGGCCGCCUCCUACCGCCACCUCUACGCGGACGCCCCRCGGCGCCCCGAGAUGCCGGCCGGCCGGUGGGCGCGCCCGGGCGCGGAGCCGGCGGCGGUGCGGGAACGCGGAGCCGAGCCGCGGUGGGCGAGGGGCAGCGAGAAGGAGCAGCUGCAGGGCCUGAACGAGCGCUUCGCCGGGUACAUCGAGCGGGUGCGGGCGCUGGAGGAGCGGAACCGGGCGCUGGCGGCGGAGCUGGCGGCGCUGCGACAACGCUCGGACGAGCCGCGCCGGCUGGGGCAGCUGCUGGGCGGGGAGCUGCGCGCCCUCCGCGCCCGGCUGGAGGAGGCGCACGGGGAGCGGGCGCAGGCGGCGCUGGAGCGGGCGCGCUUGGCCGAGGAGACGCAGCGGCUGCGGGCGCGCUGCGAGGAGGAGGCGCGGAACCGCGCUGAGACGGAGCGGGCGCUGCGCUCCCGGCAGCAGGCGGCCGAGGCGGCCUCCCGCGCCAGCGCCGACCUGGAGCGGCGGGCGGCGGCGCUGCGGGAGGAGCUGGCGGCGAUGCGCAGCGCCCACGCCGAGCAUCUCGCCGAAUUGGGCGCCGCGCUCCCGGCCCCGGCCCCGCCGCCGACCCCGCGGCCCGACCUGGCCGCGGCGCUGCGGGAGCUGCGCUCGCAGUACGAGGAUCUGGCGGCCCGCAACCUGCAGGCGGCCGAGGAUUGGUACCGCGCCCGCUGCGCCCGCCUGCACGAGCGGGCGGCCCGCAGCCAGGAGGCCGUGCGCGCCAGCCGCCGGGAGGCCGGUGAGUGCCGCCGCCAGCUCCAGGCGCGCCUGGUCGAGAUGGAGAGCCUGCGCGGCGCUCACCAGUCCCUGGAGAGGCAGCUGCAGGAGCUGGAGGAGCGGCACAACGCCGAGGCCGCCGGCCUUCAGGACACCAUUGGCCAGCUGGAGGAUGAUCUGCGGAACACCAAAAACGAGAUGGCUCGGCACUUGAGGGAGUACCAAGACCUGCUCAAUGUCAAGAUGGCCCUUGACAUCGAGAUAGCCGCCUACAGGAAGCUGCUGGAGGGAGAGGAGACCCUCUUCAACAUGGGCAGCAGCGGCAUUCCAUCACUCAAUUCCCUGCCCAGCCCCACUUACUCCUUCCAGCCAAGGAGCUUUAGUUCCUCUACUCUGUCCUUCAAGGAGGAAGAGCAAGGAGAGGUUAUUAAAGUGACCUCUAAAAUAUCAUCCAGCAGGGCUGAGGUGAUUGAGGGCACCAUAACCUCUGUCAAGAAAAGAGGGAGGUUAAACCUGCAUGGAGGAAUUCUUGCAAAUGCAAAGAUGUAACCACCAGGACCCUGUUCACAUACAUUUGAGGGGGAACAAUCUCCACUCGGCCUCGAAAUUGCUCCUCUGGGCACGAAGCUGCACUGGGCUCGCAGGAACCCUCCCUUAGAAACACGAAAACCACCCGGGGUCACCAACUCAGGGAUGGCUUCCUUGCGGGUCCUGCCAUGCAGAGGCUGAGCUUGGCACAUUGGUCCCUUUUAAAUGGGGUGGGGGCAUGCAGGACAGGUAGCUAGAGAUGCAUGUUGGUCGUUGUGGUGGUGGCACAUGGACUCACAGCACGCUCCCUCUCUCCUCCUGYGGCUGGCGAGGGGCAGCCAGCUGGGCAUGCUGCUGAGCCAGCUCUGGGGAGGGGAGGGAAACAACUCAACAUGUUUACUAUAACUAGUUCCAAGGCUACAUACCUUCAUCAACUAUUCAAACCUGUGUACAGCUAAACUCUUCYGCACUCCUCAAACUGUAGCCAUCCACUUUUAACCCUAGAAGCACAGAAAUAGCCAUACUGGACUCUAACCACACCUGACAUCUGAUCUCAGCCACGUAUGUUUUGAACUAUAAGGAAUGUUAAUUUUUCUUUGUACUGAUGAAUGUUGUUUCCUGACAGCACUAGUCCAGGCAGGCACAUGGGGUUUAGAAGCAGCAGACACAGGGCAAGGAAUUGGUACAUUGGAGGAGAAGGCAUCACCGUGCCAUGGGGUGCAGCACCACAUGUKGUAUCAUUGGCUUCCAAAUAUCAGGGUCUGAGGGCCCCUUGUUUGGUUGCACAGUGUUCACAUGAAAACCCUGUGCCCAGAUUAGCAUCGUGCCCCAGCUGGCACUGGGAAGCUGCAGGACUCCUGAACACCAGCCCGCAAAGCAUCCUUGUCUCCGCUCCAACUGUUCCAAMGUGUGCCAAAUUUGAUAUAGGAUUYAACAACCWUAGGUUUCCUUCAAUGCCUUAAAUUGCCAGCGAUCGCUUUAGCAAGAGCCGGAGACUCUGCGUGUUGUGUGUCAGCGCCCUGGCAGGGUUAUCAUCACCAGACCUCGCUGCCCUCGCAGCGGUGCCAGAGUAGUUCCUGGAACCAGCAAACUGUUUGCUCGCACUCUUUCCUCUUCUAUUGUAAGGCACAAGUUAAUAAUUAAAAAGAGAAAUAGUUGUGUGG